AUGCCCUGGGCCAGACCCCAGGUGGACCUUCAUGCUGGUGGAGCAGAGGCCAUGGACCAGUACAACAAAGACGACCACGAUUUCGAGGGCUCCCUGUUCCCCACCUUCACCCUCAUCCCUGUCACAGUCAUCUGUAUCCUCAUCUUUGUCAUUGGGGUGACAGGCAAUACCAUGACCAUCCUCAUCAUCCAACAUUUCAAGGACAUGAAGACCACCACUAACCUCUACUUGUCCAGCAUGGCGGUGUCUGACCUCAUCAUCUUCCUCUGCUUGCCCUUUGACCUGUACCGGUUGUGGAAGUAUGUGCCCUGGGUUUUUGGGGAGGCAGUGUGCCGCUUCUAUCACUAUAUCUUCGAGGGCUGCACCUCGGCCACCAUCCUUCACAUCACUGCUCUGAGCAUUGAGCGUUACCUAGCUAUCAGCUUCCCCCUCAGGAGCAAGGUGGUGGUAACCAGACGCAGGGUCCAGUACAUCAUCAUCGCCCUGUGGGGCUUUGCCUUGGUUUCUGCAGCUCCAACGCUCUUUCUGGUAGGGGUGGAGUAUGACAAUGACACGCGUCCUGACUACAACACAGGGCAAUGCAAGCACACCAGCUAUGCCAUCAGCUCCGGUCAGCUGCACAUCAUGCUCUGGGUGUCUACCACCUAUUUCUUUUGCCCAAUGCUCUGCCUUGUCUUCCUUUAUGGCUCCACUGGUUGCAAGUUGUGGAAAAGCAGAAAUGACCUGCAGGGCCCCUGUGCAUUGGCCAGAGAGAGGUCACACAGACAAACAGUCAAGAUCCUGGUGGUGGUGGUGUUGGCCUUCAUCAUCUGCUGGCUGCCCUACCACAUCGGCAGAAACCUCUUUGCCCAGGUGGAGGACUAUAAAACGGCCAUGCUGAGCCAGAACUUCAACAUGGCCUCCAUGGUGCUCUGCUACCUCAGCGCCUCCAUCAACCCUGUUGUCUACAACCUCAUGUCACAGAAGUAUAGGGCCGCGGCCAAACGCCUCUUCCUGCUGCACCAGGGGCCCAGACAAACCCACCGCAGCCAGAGACAGCUCUGUGUGAUUGAUCACAGCUCCACCCUGAAUGAAAGCCUGACUGGGGUCUGA